CAAGAAAUUGAAACGGGCGAAACGGGCAAGGGCAAGCGUCGCAGCAACUGUCACCAUGACUGUCAUUUUGCACAGCAAAAAUACGCCAUCGCGGUUGCAAAGACAUUAGGAACAACAUGGACAUCGAUGAGGAAGAGUUUGAGGCACCAACAUCCAGCAGCAGCCGAGGUGAGCGGAAGCGCUUCGAGGUCAAAAAGUGGAAUGCGGUAGCCCUGUGGGCUUGGGACAUUGUUGUGGACAAUUGUGCGAUCUGCCGGAAUCACAUUAUGGAUCUCUGCAUCGAGUGCCAAGCGAAUCAGGCAUCGGCCACCAGUGAAGAAUGUACAGUGGCCUGGGGUGUCUGUAAUCAUGCGUUCCAUUUCCACUGUAUCUCCCGGUGGCUGAAGACCCGGCAGGUGUGCCCGCUCGACAACAGAGAGUGGGAGUUUCAGAAGUAUGGUCAUUAAGGUGAUAUUGACGAGCGCUGUGCUGUUAAGCUUGAACGAAUUACACGAAGAGGACUAAAUUGGUGGCACGCGGAAGUGAUCUAGUAUGCGGAAGAGAUAUCCGUUUCGACGAUCUGAGUGAAGCGUAAGGAAGUAUCUGAUAAUGCGAUCCGUAUGCACCAUACAAUAAAUUCAACAAUUUUACCGAAGAGCUAAUGUACACGUACACACACAA